CGCGGCGCGAAGCCGGCCGUGACGUCAGGCGGCGCGGGUCGUCAUGGCGACCAGGUCGUCCCCAUUGGGUCCGCGUCCACUCUUGAACUUAUGCUGUGUGUUGGAGUGUGAGGGGAGAAAGAGAAAGUUUUUACUGCGUGUGGGAGGUGAAUGAGUUCUAGACACUCCAACGUAUUCUUUAAUAUAUAAAUAAGCUACUCUUAGCUUCGUGAGGAGGAGGAAGACAUUUUGGUGCUGGGGUUCCUCCAGCAACGCCUUAGCGAAUCCGCACUAUGUUCACGGACGAGGUCCGGGAGGCCGUGUCGAUUGAUUCGCGCUGGAGGAAGGUUCCCGAGCUGCGUGACGCAGUUUGUCAAACGGCGGUAGUUCGGCGCACCGAAGCUUCGGUGCAAAUUCGACGCAACGCGAGAAGCGGCACGCAGACCGAUCCGGUCGAGUGCCGAGACCUGCCGGCCUUCGAUGGGAGUGUGGAGCCGUCGAUCGAUUCCCCGCGCCUGGCCCGCUUUCUCCGGCAGGUGGAGCCCAUGGUGAGCAAGGAGUUAAUGAAGAACAUCAAGAGCCACGCCUUCGAUGGGUUUGAAGUCAACUGGAUAGACCACCCCAACACUGUUUCAUGUUUACAUACUCUGCAUUAUCCAGAAGCACAGAAGCGAAAACUGCACGUUACUGGUGUGUCUUGGAAUGUGACAGGCUCUGUCAUUGCUUGUGCAUAUGGCAGGUUGGAGGAUGGUGAUUGGAGUACAGAGAAGUCCUAUGUGUGCUCCUGGAAUCUAGAUCGGAGAGGGUUGAACCCAGAGCGACCAAAUACAGUGAUUGAUGUUUCUAGUGCUGUUAUGUGUCUGGCAUUCCACCCAGUAGAGCCUUCUUUGAUUGCUGGUGGUCUUUACAGUGGAGAAGUUUUAGUGUGGAACAACAGUAAGACGGAUGACCCUUUAAUUGCUAGAUCAGGAAUGUCUGAGGACACCCACCGUGAGCCUGUUUAUCAGGUGCACUGGAUCCAAAGUUUAAGCCGCAGUAACAGAAUUAAUGUUCUGAGUGCGAGCACUGAUGGGAAGAUUCUGAUCUGGCAAAUGGAUGGGAGAGGCCGGCUGGUACUGCAGGAUGGUUUUGCCCUGAUUGUUCAGCAGAUGCCACGCAAUGUCAAACUCCACAAGGUUAGUGAAGACAGUUUGUUUGGUGUGACGUCUCUCUCUUUCUCUCGUCUGGAUAAAACUGUGUUCAUUGCUGGUGUGGAAGGCGGCUAUGUGUUGAAGUGCUCAACAGAAGUUCUGACUCAUGCAGCAUUGAGCUCUGGCUCUGUUCCAUUGAAGGCCCCAGCUCAGUUCACCUUUUCUCCACACUGUGGUCCAGUCCAUGCUGUUGAUUGCUCACCAUUUCAUAGGAACCUCUUCCUCACUGCUGGCACUGAUGGGCACGUACAUCUUUAUUCCAUGCUGCAGGCUGAACCAAUUUUAUCUCUUCAGUUAUGUCAGAGUUACCUCUUCAGUGUUAACUGGUCCUUUGUUCGACCUCUCGUCUUUGCUGCGGCCACGGGAGAAGGAACUGUGUUGAUUUUUGACCUUGGGCACAGCUCUCUCCGUCCAACAGUCUCUAUUGAGCAGAAUACAGAAAGGAAACCAGUGUACUGUUUGGCAUUUAACCCCAAGCGACCUGAGCUACUUGCAGCUGGUAAUGCAGAAGGAAGUGUGAAAAUCUGGCAGUUGAGUGCUGAACUGACCAAGGAAGGAUCAAGGGAAAUUUCUCUACUUGAACAGUUUGCCAACGAAGCAGUAGAUUGACAGAAAAUGGUUUGGCUGGAGAAUUUCUAAAGGAGGAGCUAGAGGAAUUUUCUGCUUAAUCUUCUUGGUGUUUAGUUUUUAUAAAUAUAGGUUGAUUCAGGGUAUACAAAAAAAUGCUUUAAAAGAUUGCGAAAUAAAAAGUUUAACACCAGAAGGAAUGAGAAAUACGUUUGUUUAAUGCAUGACUUGUAAAUUGAACUAAAAAAAACCUUCCCUGGUCCAUGAAAUAUCUGGCAGGAUUGCAGAUACAUGCUCACUUUCCUUUUCAGGUGCAGUAAAAGCAAAUUGAUCAAAUAAGCUAAGCAAGCCUCAAUAGCAACUAAUAACAAACUGAGAUUAACCACAAACAUGUGCAACAUUACAUUUGUGGUGUAGCUAACUAGUGAUCUUCGAAGGAACACUGUGUACCUUGGGAGUAGCUGCAUGGGCAGGGAUUCAUUUCUCACUUUAUAAACAUACACGUAUUUGCACUGCAGCACCAUAGUUUUAGUCUGGAAUAGCCUUUCACUUCCCAGAUCAGCAUUACUGCUGUGACUGCUUUUGCAGUAGCCAGCUGCUGACCUUGAGCACAUGUCCAAUGAAUGCUGCUUUGCACAUGCAGCAUAUGGAAUUCAAAGAGCCAACAGCAUUUCUGUUAAAGUGAAUUCCAAUUAGAAGUACAGGAGCAAGACUUCAUUCCUGAAAAAUUUCAGCUUUAAAAAAAUCUGGAUAAUUAGUUAAAGUAAUUUAGUUCCUAUUUUGGUGAGCAGGGGAUAGAUAAAUAGAGAAUGACAGCAGAAUCAAAUCACUAUGAACAACUGUAAAUCAUAGGCCAGUUUGAAUUAGUGUUUAUUGAGCACACUGCAUCAACAAUUAGAGGAAUAAAAAUUUUCCAAGCAAAGCACAAAAGCAAGCCAUUUUACUGAUGUCUGACUAUUUAUAGUUGCACAAAGAUAGACAUGCAGAGCUAACAUUAGCAGAUAAUAGGCUGAUUUGGUAGCUUCUAGUUCACAAACAAUGAUCGUGUGAAUUCCACAUAGUCGAAGGCUGAAGGAAUCUCUCUGCCUUUGCCAUCUGUGUAUGGCUUCAUGUGCGAGAGGCAGUAAUCAGCUUGCUCCCUUGACAGGUUCUAGAAACAAAACAAUUGGAAUACAUUGGUUAUGUACACCAAGUGGUGUUACUGCUAAUUUACAAAACACACUGGCUGUGAUUUUUCUUUAUUCAUUCAUGAGAUGAGGGUAUUGCUAGCCAGGCACUGUUUAUUACCCAUCCGUAAUUACCCAGAGGGCAGUUCAGAGUCAACCACAUUGCUGUAGGUCUGGAGUCACGAAGGCCAGAUGAAUUCAGGACAGCAGUUUCCUUCCUUAAAAAGGGGAUUAGUGAACUAGUUGGGUUUUUCCAAUUCAUGGUCAUCAUUAGACUCUUAAUUCCAGAUAUUUAUUGAAUUCAAAUUCCACCAUCUGCCAUGGUGGGACUCAAACCCAGGUCCCCUGAACAUUAUCUGGGGUUUCUGGAUUAACAGCACAGCAAUAAUACCAUAAGGCCAUGAGCUUCCACGUCAUGUAAAUGUGACAUCAGUUGUUGGACUAAAGUCAUCACUAUAUAGCCUGUGAAUUGCAAGAUGCAACAUUUUAUUCCUCAGUAACCCUCCACUCAUUUCCUUACUACAACCAAUGACCAUAAAAAUAACCUUUAAACAGUUGCUGCA